GAUGGGAUCUCGUAACCUCCGGUCCGUUACGCGUUCAUUUCCUUCCGUGUAAAAAUGAAAACGGGGAAGUAGACGCGCAGAAUCGGUGCUCCUCACGCGCGCACGGACCUGACGCGAAUAUAUAUAGACACACACACACACACACACACUUAUUUAUAUACAUUGUGUGUGUGUGUGAUACAUUAUAGACUAUUUUUAUUAUUAUUAUUAUUAUUUUUUCCCCCUCUGUGAUUUGGUGAGUAAUUGAUCCGGCCGUGAUGGAGUACUGGCGGCAGUGCGCGCUCUGGCUGAUCCGGUGUCGCGUGCUCCCGCAAGCGCACCGGGUCACCUGGGAAACGGCGCGCGCCUUCGACCUGGCGCAGAGUCUCCGGGACGGUGUGCUGCUGUGUCAGCUCCUCAACAACCUCCAUCCUCAAACCAUCAACCUGAAGGAGAUCAACCUCAGGCCACAGAUGUCCCAGUUCCUGUGCCUGAAGAACAUCAGAACGUUCCUGUCUGCCUGCUGCGAAGUGUUCGCUAUGAAGAAGAGCGAGCUGUUCGAGGCUUUCGACCUGUUCGACGUGCGCGACUUCGGCAAGGUGAUCGACACGCUGUCCAAACUGUCCAACACAACAAUCGCACUACAAACUGGAAUACGGCCGUUUCCGACAGAAGAAAGUGUGGAAGACGAGGACAUCUACAAUCACCUGAAAGACCUCAUAGAUGAGAAUGGCGUGGAUGAUGAAGAGGACCUGUAUGACUGUGUGUAUGAUGAUGAUGGUGGUGAAGUUUAUGAAGACCUGAUGAAGAUGGAAGCUGGAGCUCCACCGAAACAGGUGGAGACAGACAUCAGGAGCUGCUGCUUGGCUGAGAUCAGACAGACGGAGGAGAAGUACGCCGAGACACUGGAGUCUAUCGAGAAAUUCUUCCUCAGGCCGCUGGAGCAGUUUCUCACAGCGUCCGAGAUCAACAAGGUGUUCGUGAACAUUCCUGACCUAGUGAAAGUGCACAAGAGCCUGCUGCAGGACGUGCAGAACUCCAUCGGCCACCAGGGCGCCAGUAACCUCUACCAGAUCUUCAUCGAUUACAAGGAGAGGUUACUGAUCUACGGGAAAUACUGUAGCCACGUAGAGACGGCCAUCGUGUAUCUGGAUGAGCUCUGUAAAGAAAAAGAGGACGUGAGACAAAAACUAGAGGUCUGUUCCAAAAGGGCAAAUAACGGGAAGUUCACACUCAGAGAUCUCCUUGUCGUGCCAAUGCAAAGGGUUUUGAAGUAUCAUCUGCUUCUCCAGGAGUUAGUGAAACACACUAAUGAUGCUGUGGAGAAGACCAACCUGCGCAGUGCUCUCGAUGCCAUGAAGGAUUUGGCACAGUAUGUGAACGAGGUGAAGAGAGACAACGAGACGCUGAGGGAAAUCGACCAAUAUCAGAAAUCCAUUGAGAACCUUAAUCAGCCUCUGUUAAAUUACGGGAGGCCCAAAGGGGACGGCGAGGUUCGAGUCUCAUCGGUGGACAAACGAGCCAAACAGGACAGGCACAUCUUCCUGUUCGACGCUGCCGUGAUCGCGUGUAAGAGACGAGGAGAUGUGUACGAGAUGAAGGAGGUGGUCGACCUCCACAACUUCAAAAUCACCAACAACCCCACCUCGGACAAGGAGAACCGCAAGUGGUCGUACGGGUUUUACCUCACACACAAUCAGGGACGGAGCGGCUUCGAGUUCUUCUUCAAGACCAAAGAACUGAAGAAGAAGUGGCUCGAGCAGUUCGGCAUGGCCAUCUCCAACAUCCAGCCGGAGAACGCCACCAGCAACCAGCACGAGUUCCGCAUGCACACGUUCGAGAGGAUCACGGCCUGCAGCUCCUGCAAGAUGUUGCUCAGAGGGAUCUUUAAUCAGGGUUAUCGGUGCGCUAAAUGUGGAGAAGGAGCUCAUAAGGAAUGUUUGGCCAGAGUGCUAAUGUGUGGAAAAGGCAGUGGAUGCGAUAUGGGAUCCUCCAAAACACAGGACCGAUCACACAGCCGGAGAGCAGAUCCAGGUUUGCCAAAAAUGUUGGCUAUAAGGAAUUACCGCGGAGAUCCCGUGCCGCAAUGCGGCCCCGCCCUCAACAUCCAGCAGGGUGACAUCAUCGAGCUGAUCCGCGCAGACCUGCACAGCUCCUGGUGGCAGGGUAAAGUCUUGACGACGAGAGAGGUUGGAUUCUUUCCAAGCGACGCUGUGAAGCCUUGCCCGUGUGCCAAACCUAUUGAUUACUCUUCUCAGGCCUGGUUUGCAGGUGGCAUGCUGCGAGUGCAGGCAGAGGCGAUGCUUCUGAACAGGCAGAACAGCACAUACCUGGUGAGGCAUCGAGGGCACGACAGUAACGAGUACGCCAUCAGCAUCAAGUUUAACAACGACGUGAAACACAUCAAGAUCUUAACCAGAGACGGCUUCUUCCAGAUCGCAGAGAACAGGAGGUUCAAGAGCAUCAUGGAGCUGAUUGAGUACUAUAAGCAUCACUCUCUAAAGGAGGGCUUCAGGACACUCGAUACAACGCUACAGUUUGCCUACAGAGAGCCAGAGAACGGAGGGAGCACUCCAUUGCUGUGCACUCUUUCUUUAGUUUCUCCUGCAGGCUGCAGCUUCGUGCCCCCCUCCUCCGCCCCCUUCUGGUCAGUGUUGACUCCGAAGGUGAUCGGUGUGGCGAUCGCGCGGUACGAUUUCAGUUCUCGGGACAUGAGAGAGCUGUCGCUGCAGGAAGGGGACAUAGUGAGGAUCUACAGCAAACCCACAACUAACGGGUGGUGGAGGGGCGAGGUCAACGGCCGGGUGGGCUGGUUUCCCUCCACAUACGUAGAAGAAGAAGAGGAAUGAAAAACACACCAACAGAAGGAAGUAAAAAGGACAUUUUUUUAUGUUUACAUGCUGAGCUGGACUGAAUCAUGGACUCGUCCUGUUUAAACACGAGUCUGAAAGUGUCUCAGCAGGGACACUGAGUGCUUACCCAGAAUCCUCUGCUGUCAGCAAAGCAGUCACCAGUGAAGGGGUGUGUGUGCGUGCGCACGUGUGUGUGUGUUACUGUGAGUGAUAGGUAGAAGUAAGAACCCCCACAGGCAUGUAUGUCACUGUUGUGUGUGUGUGUGUGUGUGUGUGUGUGUGCGUGUGUCUGUAUAUAUCUUUGACAUUGUCACUAAUCAGCUGGAUUUAUUGUGUGGAUGUUUGUGUUUUCUUGUCCUCCAUUGUUGCUGCUUAUCUUGUAAGGACAUGUUUAUCUGAUUUGAGAGUCAGAGAGAGAGCAGACACACACACACACACACACACACACACACACUUUCUCUGACACUCACCUCUAGCUAGUGCAUCCACUGCAUUUUUAAUCCAGUAUCCCGAUAGGAAAUGAUUGACAGCUCACACUCCUUGCUCUUAUCUGACCCACUAUCCAGCCACCAGAACCUCCAGCCAGACCGUUUCAGCCCAAAACUGAAAUGCGGCUUUAGAAUAAUUUAUAUAUUUUUUUCGCAUCAGUUUUCACGGCCAUGUUACAGACGAGACUAAGAACAUGAAGGAUCAUAAAAGGAGUUUUGCAGAUAUUUAUUUGUUAUGUGUGCAACAAAUCUGUUCACUAAUUUGAUCUCUUAGCAUGACUGUAGUGUGGAGCUGAAGCCACUAGAUGGCAGCAGCAUUAACGGAUUAAUAAACCGCCUCACAUCCCACAAUCACAUUACUAUCCUCUAACAGCCUUUAAAGACUUUUCUCUUUUUAGUUUCUCCCAGUAGCCUUGUACGCUAAAUCCUCAUUCCGCUACAAUACAGACCUCAGGCUUUAACCUCCUGCUGAGCACUGAGAGAUAUUACAGAGCAGCUCCACUCUCUGUCCACAUGGACCAGCAGCGUGAAAGGAGAGUCCAAUCUGAAGAGACUUACACAUUGCAGAACAUUCCAGGACCGAUCUAACAACCUUCUAGAACCUUCUAGGACACUAAGCCAUGGGGCAAUCCAGAACACAUCCCAUUUCAGAACCUCUAUAAACUCUUACUCAUUCUGGACUAUCACAGAUAACCAAUCCAUUCUAGAACCUCUCUAAUGCAGACUCAUGCAAGAACCUCCCAGAAUACCAACCCAUUCUAGAACCUCUACAAUACAGACUCAUGCAAGAACCUCCCAGACAACCAACCCAUUCUAGAACCUCUACAAUACAGACUCAUGCAAGAACCUCCCAGACAACCAACCCAUUCUAGAACCUCUACAAUACAGACUCAUGCAAGAACCUCCCAGACAACCAACCCAUUCUAGAACCUCUAUAAUACAGACUCAUGCAAGAACCUCCCAGACAACCAACCCAUUCUAGAACCUCUACAAUACAGACUCAUGCAAGAACAUCCCAGACAACCAACCCAUUCUAGAACCUCUAUAAUACAGACUCAUGCAAGGACACCCCAGACAACCAACCCAUUCUAGAAUAUCCCAGAAUACCAACCCAUUCUAGAACAAACCAGAAUACCAACCCAUUCUAUAACUGCUAUAAUACAGACUCAUGCUAGAACAUCCCAGAAUACCAAACACAUUCUGAAACAUACCAACUAACCAGGACAUUAAAGAACAUUUGAGAACAGCAAUCCAUUCUUAAACUUUAUAGAAUCCGUAUCUGGCCAAAAACUAUCUAAAACUUCAAAUUGAUCUACCAGAUAUACCAGAACGCCAACCCAUGCUAGAACCUCUAUAACACGGACUCAUUCUAGAACAGUUGGGAUACUCAACUCAUUCUAGACCAUUCAUGAACAGAUCCAUCCUAAAAUGUUCUAAAACACCUACUUAGACAUAGCUCAUAGGGCAAGUGGUAGCUCAGUGGUUAAGAUGUUGGACUUCUGAUCAGAAGAUUGCGAGUUCAGAUACCAACACUGCCAACCUGCCACUGCUGGACCCUUGAGCAGGGCCCUUAACCCUCAACUGCUCAGUUGUAUAAGUGAGAUAAAUGUACGUUGCUCUGGAUAAGCUCGUCUGCCAAAUGUCAUACAUGUAAAUCUUAGACAUUCCAAAACACAGACCCGUCUUAGAACGUAUUAAAAUACCAACUCAUUCCAGAACACUGAACCCACACAAAGCACCACCGGAUGAAUUCAACGACCUUGUAGAAGCUUCUACAUUCCACAACACAUGCCAUUUCUGAAUCUCUAUAAACUCUUACUCUCAUUCUGGAGCUACAUACCCAACCCAUUCGAAUGAAUUCAAGAACAUCAAUCCGUUCUCAAGUGCUCUAAAAGCCUGAUCAAUCCCAAAACAAUACUAAUCACCAAACUUGAUCUUGAACAUUCCGGCAAACCGACCCAUCUUACAACAUUCCAGAACAUCAGAACAUGCCAGAACUCCAAGUCCAAACUCCAAAUAUUUCUCCUCCUGCGGUAAAAAAAAAAAAAAAAAAAACCCCAACAAGCUGUGUUUCUUCAUUUGCCAUCACUUUGACAUCCCUGAGCUGAUAAUGCAUCCUGAUUGGUUAAUCCUGUUUCUCACUCAAUGUGACUGAGCAAGCUAAGAGAGGCAUUCAUUAAAUACGGAGGACUCAUAAUGAUGCAAUGUUAUUUCACACAUAUAUAAUAAUCUGCGCGGUACGUGAGUUAUGCUAACCAUCCAUUCGGACUGUCCUCCCCUCCUCAUCCACGCCUCUGACUAACCGUGAUAAGAGUUCGUAUCUACCCACAAUCCCAUGCUUCUAUAUGUCAGUCUGUCAUUUUAGACAUGUCAGUGCAUGGAUCUCUCUCUCUCUCUCUCUCUCUCUCUCUCUCUCUCUCUCUCUCUCUCUCUCUGUACUUGUGUGACCUUCCCACAGUGUGAUGAUGGUUAGCAGAGACUGAUGAAAUCCUCCUACGAUUCAACAACACACUUUUGUGCGGAACAGUUGAAUAGAUAAACAUCGUGUAGUCCUUCCCAUGUCUGAUGUUUUUUUUUCCCCCCCUUUCUUGUGAAAUUUUAGAUUUGUAACCUUUCAUCCAACCUGUUAAAGCCACUAACAGCAUCACAAAACUGUAUACGUCUAUAAAGGACCGUGAAUAUUCCUCUGGUACUCCUGCGUCUGUUGUUCACUGAAGCCAAAGAUCUGUGUGUAUGUGUUUGUAUGUAUGUAUGUAUGUAUGUAUGUAUGUAUGUGAGCCACAGUGGCCUGUGCAAUCCUGAAAUACUGCUGUGUUAUACUGUACAUAUGUAGAUAAUGCGCAAUAAAGUUAUAUUGCUUGUUUUUA